CAGAACGUUGCCAACAGCCGUCGCGAGUAGGUGUGUGUGAAAUAGUGCCCUCCGUCUCCGUCGCCGUUUAAUUGUGUCGCAUUUCGUUGGCCCAAAUUACCCGAGGAUCAAAACGCGUUCAAAGGAACCGGUGUCAGAAAAACGUUGAAAGGACUAAAGUUUUAAAUUUAAAGGUCUAUAAAUUGGUCGAGUGAAAAGUUUAAACCUGUAACUGUAUUGGCGCUGUGCUCCGUUGCCUUGUCACAGCAGAAGUCCAUACAGAGUAUACAAAGAAUAGAGACAGAGAGUGCGAGAGAGAAAGAGAGACACAAGAGACAAUUGCAGAGACAAAACAACAAAAAAAUCACCGCCAAGAUGCUGCCUAUGAAGCAAGUUACCAUCAUGACAGUCAUCGGUUCGAUACUGGUUCUACUUUGCAGUAUCUUCCUGGGCGUCUUUCCGUCCAUAUUUAAUUCUAUAGUGAAUAAGAUGCUGGUCCUGAGUAGGGACAGCGCGACCUUGGGCGACUUCAUCUCGCCGCCCGUGCCAAUCUACAUGCAGUUCUACCUCUUUCACGUCACGAACCCCGACGACAUCAGAUUCCACGGCGCCAAGCCCAAACUCAAGCAGGUCGGGCCGUAUACUUACGCGGAAGUGCGCACCAAGCACAACAUGACGUGGAAUGACGACGAUGGGACGGUCACCUAUUUGCAGGACAAGUCUUACUUCUUCAGGGAGGACAUGUCCCAUGGCCUGAAGGAGUCUGAUGAGAUCACGACUAUCAACCCCAUCAUGGUGGUUUUGGCCGACUUUGUCGACAGGUACCGGACGGACCAGAAUAAAAAGCUCUUGGACCUCAUCUGGACCGAGAUCGAGGUCGGCUUCGAUAUCUUUGCCACCGAGGCCGUCGGCAACACGAUCUUCUACGGGUUCGAUUUGCCCGAGUUCGAUUUUGACUUCUCGAACUUGUCCGUAAUUAUCCCUGGUGUGAAUGUGACCGAAGGUCUCAGUGGCAGUCUGUACGACAUCCUCACCAAACUGAACGAGAGGGGCGUGAUUGACGUCGAACCUCCUGAGAGCUUGAGGUCGAAUCAGAUUCAUUUUUUGAAAAACAACACAGAUGAUCAUCCCUACGAAGUCAAGACAGGCGCCCAAGGCCUGGACGACUACUUACACAUCGUAAGUUGGAAUGGGAAGAGUUCCCUGAGCUACUGGAAUGACGAGUACUGUGACCAGAUCAAUGGUACAGAUGGUACCCAGUUCCCUCCACAAGUCAGCAAAGACCAGGCGUUGUAUAUUUAUACCUCCGAGCUUUGCAGGUCCCUCUAUCUGACGUACGAGAAAGAGGUAGAUGUCCACGGUGUCACCACCUACAGAUUCAUCCCUCCAAAAGAUGCCUUGGAGGACCCCCUGGUCAACCCAGACAACCAAUGUUUCUGUUACCCCAAUGUGAGCUACUGUCUUCAUGCCAGCAUGCUGAAUAUGGCUCCCUGUGCCUUUGACGCUCCCAUUGUCUUGUCAACACCCCAUUUCUAUCAAGGAAAUCAAGAAGAUAUUGAUAGCAUAGAUGGUCUGUCACCUCACAAGGAAGAACAUGAAACCUACUUGGAUAUAGAACCUAAUACUGGUGUAGCCAUGCGUGCUAUGAAGAAAAUGCAGUUGAACGUCCCAUUAAAAAGAUAUGGCAGCUUUCCUUCUUUCAAGAAUGUUCCAGAAGUUAUUUUCCCAAUUGUGUGGGUCAAUGAGAGCGCGCAGAUUGAUGAAGAUACUGCAAGCAGUGUUCGCAAAGCUCUCUAUUCUCCAUUCACGAUAGUAGAUGCAAUAUGUGGGACUCUGAUUGGGAUCGGUGCGUUGCUGAUUCUUGUAGGUACCUGGAAGUUCAUUGGUGUCAGGAGAGCCCGGAACCAGCAAAAACUUUAAUGAAAACACAUUCAACCUCGUAACCAGGAAGGUUAUGGAGGCAAAGAAGACUGUGAUAGAUGUUUUAAAGAUACAGCUUUUAAGUCUUUCUGCCUUAGAUUCGGCCUUUGACGUGUUUAUUCUUUAAGGCUGUGACUCUGAUACCCUGACAAGGUCAUUCAUUAGGUUAUCCCCCACGAAAUCCUGUACGUAUAGUUGUUAUUUGAGUGCUGAAAGUGGAACUCUUAUAUAAAUUCUGUACGGGUUUUGGAACUGUCUUUGUGCAAUGUUUUUAGAUUUUUUUUUUUUUUUUUUUUUUGCUGAAGGACAUUGCAGUUGGUCAAAGGAAUGAGAAAAGUAGUAAUUUAGCCAUAACAUGACAAAAAAGGAAUAGACCUGAAGGAUUUCCAGAUUAGUUUUGUGUGUUUGUGUGUUUUGAAAUUAGUGGCCAUAGUGAGGUACUGUUGUGAAAAUUCUACAAACAAACCAAAUGAUAAGAGAGUUAAAAUAUACAGGAAUACAUUGUCAAAGGCUAGAGUCAGACAAACUCAAUAUACAGGAAACUUUGACUGAAAAGGAUUGAUUGACUGAACUCUCACAGGAGAUAGGUAGCACAAUGUAUGAUAAAAAUGAUCCAUAGAUGCACGAUUUAUGAUAAAUAUCUUUGGAGGGGAAAAAACUGAAAAAGCUUUAAACUUAUAUGAAGAGAGUUUGAGCUCUUAUUUGUGAUUUUGCUUGAAUUCUUUGCCUAUUCAUAUAGAUGUUUAAGUAUUUCCCUCCAAAAAUCUGUAAUCUUUAUAUUAAUUAAGGAUAAUUUCAAAUAUAGAACACACGUUUGGCUUAAUGUGAGCGCAUCAAAAAUGUUUAAAGGAAACCUCUCAAUUUUUAUGUUAAAAGGUUCAUAUUUACAAUUCCACAUUUGGUUUUUGCUCUUAUGUUCAUUUCAGAGUACAAUUCCAUCAUUCAAAUCUCAAUACCUUACACAAUGAAUAGCAAAGAUGAGCAUCUGCAAUUGCAAGGCAUUCUGUGAUAAGUCAGAUUAUUGAAGUUAUUUAAAGGCAAAUUAUAAUUUUUAUUAUUUAAGGUCUAAAGUGGAUACUGUGACUAAAACUGCUCUGUGGAAUCCAUCUCCUACAGUUCCACUCGUCCUGCAUGUAAUGUGGAAUAUGUUUAAGGUACAGUCAUAUGCUUGGAUGCUGCCUAGACUCGAUGCCGUAGUUUCAGUCAUGAAGCAGAUGGCUUCUCUUAUAUAAGUCAUGCAUGUGAGGGUUAGUCCAAAAUUUUCAGGUUAAAUGAGACUAUUUUUGGACUUGUGAUUAUUAUUACAAAGAUACAAAUGGCUUAUUGUUAUUUGAGAAUGCCUGUACAGUAUAAUGCUGACAAGACAGUUGAUCCUAAUAUACUUUUUCAUGGUCACAGAAAUAGGUGAUUAAGUUUAUUUGUUGUGGGGUGAUGUUCAUCUGAAUAUAAAAGGUAACAGUAUUUUUUUAGUUGAUUGUCAUAUUACUAAGAAGUAUAAUAAAUUCAGGGGUGUUUUUCAAAAUGAUUUUAUUAAUUAAUUGUGACAUUGAACCACUGUAAAUUACACAUACUGGGUUAGAUUUUUCCUUAUGACUUGUACGUGAUGUAAGAAAUGAAUUUAGCUACAGAAACAAUGGAUGACUGCAAACGACUGGUCAUCAGUUGUUGAGUAACUCAUCUUAUUUUCGGUUGUAUUUUGGUCUAUUACAUUCUGUCCACGUUCAGAUUAUUCUUAACUUUUACGGGUAGAUGUGACUGUUCUGAUGAUUGAGGGAUGACGAAAGCAACUGUGUAACGAAAUCGUGCAUGUCAGUAGCUCGUGAUUCCAGCAUGUUCUUGUAUUUAGCUUUUUAUAUUGCAGAACUGAAAGUUGAUGCAUAUCGUGUGAUUCAGAUGAUUCUUAAGUGAGGACUUGUUGUAAUUGUAUUUUGAAAUUCUAUGUAAUUAUUGUACAGUUUUUAUGUGGGGAAAUGGUUGCAUUAUUACAUAGCAGUAAUUGUAUAUAGAUAUAUAUGAAUUUCCAUGUUAUUCACUACAACUUAGACCUCCAAGGCAGUUGUAAGCAAAGAAUUGAUGUAGUAUUGAGAAAAUGUGCAGUAAUGGUUACACAUAUAUUAAUAUGUUAUUUAUGACUGUGUUUUACAGUAUAUUUUAUAUUUUAUGACAUUUUUAUGGCAGUAUGUAAAUAGAUUUUAUUCACAGGAAAAUAAGGAGAUGCACUUUUUCUUAAUUAAGUCCCAGUGUAGCUGCACCUACCACCAGUGUGAUUCAUACCAGACCUAUGGUUCGUUUGAACAAGGCCUAGUGGCCUGACAAAAUUUCCUUCUUAUUUUCAGAGGGUUUCUCUGGGGGAACUCCUUUUAAAGUUUCAUUUUCUUUUAAAAUCCUUAAUGGCCAAAUAUUCCUUUAGGUUAUCAUUUGGUAUUGCAAAACAAAAUUCAGAGAUGAAAUUUUAUUAAGUAUUAUACUCAUCUCUUGUCAUUUUUUACCUCUGGGAAAUCGUCAGGUCUGUGAUAUGGUCUCUAGGCAAAUUGUCAUACGUACAACUUCCUUUGUACGUCUCUCUCUCUCCCUAACUUUUUAUUGGCUUGUUUUGCCUCUUAUGGUUAACAGAGCCAUAUAUACUCAUUAUGCCUGUGAGGGGAAGGGGCAACAUUCCAAAAUGGCUUUAUUCUCUGUCUUGGUCUUUAAAUUUCUUUAAGUUCCCUAUAAUGCUCCUCUUUAGUCUUUCACAGCCUAGGGUAUGAAUACUGACAGUAUUUUGUUCUGAAGCAGUUCGGUGCUCAAGGAUUGAGUAUGUUUCUUAUUUAUGCGUAUUAUUGCUUCAGACUUAAGUGCAAUAUUUGGGAUUACAAAAAUCGAGCCACCCAGAGUGUGCCAAGAAUUAUUGCUCUAAAGUAACCACCAGUAACUCUUCAUGGUUGUAGUUGAAGAUUAAGCUAGCCUUAUGCUAGCACAGGCUCUUGCUCAGAGAGCAGCCUUUAGAUAAGGGUGUACGUACGUCCUUUUUUUUAUGUACUUCUCCAGCUCUAUGGGUGACUGGUCCAUCCUUUCAAGUGCUUUCCCAUUGGCCGUAUGGCUUCGCUUUCAUUGUAUCACAACAGGUCCAGUUAUGAAGUCUUUUAAUACAUGUCGUAUGUCUUCUCCAAAAACCCUGAGAGACUUCAGCUUCUCUAUGUAUCUGGAAAUCAGUUACCUUUUCACUAUUUCUCAAGCCAUGUGGGGCUGCUCUUCUGUUAAAAACUCAGCAUAUUAUACAAUACACGUAUUAUAAUCAGUUUUUCAUUCCAUUUACUUUUGGACCAGAAGUCUCUGGACACCAUGGUGUAUCUUUGCCCUUUUUCAAAGGAAAUUAAUGAAAUACCUCUUAUGACUUGGUGUCCAGCUCAUGGACUGUAUUUUUCUACUAUAUCUAUUUUUAUUUUAAAAAUUACAGUGAAAAGGCCUGUAUGACUGGUGCAAUGAGAUGGCACUGAGAAAAUUAGGGGUACUUAUAAUGUUGACCAGUGAUUUGCAGGUGGUGUUGAAGACAAACUAUGAUAUAGUAAUACCAACCUCCAAUCUCUUCGUGUUCAGCACUCACUUUUUAGUAUGAUAUAUCUGUCUGAACAUAAAAAAUCUUCUGAAAACUUUGGGUAAGUUUAUCUAAACGUUUCUCUAUUCUUUUAUCAAUCCACUUAACGAGAAAUAUUUUUCAUUUGCUUCUGAGUAGUUAAUCCUCUUCUGCCCUUAAAAUCAUUUUGGAAAAAUUUUUUCUUGUGUCAUAUUUCAAUAUGAUUCUUACUAUUCUAUAUAAAAAUGUCGGUUAUCUUUGUGUUAAAUUACAAAAACUCAUGUAAAUGGUAAAACAAUUGUAAGUACAUAUGUAUUUUGUAGAGAGGAAUGUCAGUGUACUCUUAAUAUUUUGGGUAAUGUGUAAUUAUGUGACAUCUGACACUACAGUAUUGUGAAGGGAAAAUAGAAUUGUCAAGAAAAUGAAGGUAUUGGUGAAUGUUACGGAAAAGUUGGGUAUGUGUUUUGAAAAAUACAGAUAUACUUGAGAACACUUCAAGGUCAAUAAUUACUUUUAAAAGUGGUAAGUUCAUAAGUAUCAUACCAUCAAUUAUAUUUUUGGUGCAGCAAUAUUUGUCAUUUACCAUAUUGGUAAAUAUAUUUAAUCUUUUGUACAUUACAUUACUGUACUUUCUGAUGCUCGAAAGUGUUCAUUCUGCUUUUUUUCUCUCUUUCAAAUAGUGAAGGUCACUCCAGUUGCUUUUACAGCAUCAUCAUACUUUAUUUAGAUUUGCACCACCAGCUCUCUGUUAUACCCUUGGGAAAGCUUAGUAAGGCAGUGCCCACUUACCAUCAGCAUUGGUUACUGGCAAUCCAGUUUUAAGGCGCUUGUCUAGUGGCGCCGAUCUCCGGUUAACAGUGCCGUUAAGCGAGUUACUAGUGCUAGUAUCACUGAGUUUAGGUUAACCAUGAUUUUCGGUUAGUGGCGCCUGGCUGGGAACAGAACUGCAGCUGUUUAACCAGAGGAUUGCCUGUAUUAUUUCUACUAAAGCAACUAGAAUUCUGAUUGGAUCCUCUUUGAGAAUUUGAUCAUCUUAUGAAGGUGUUGUGGUCUUUUUUCUGAUUUAGCAACUUACUUAGUAUGUAGUCACAAGUAUUGAAUGCGUUUCUCCGCAUUUUAUGUUAAUCAUUUUUGGGUUUUCAUUUUCUAUCAUGACAGCUGUUGUAAGAAAGGUGUAUUGGUCUGGGUCUAAAAAAAAAAAAUUGAUUUUAUUCAGAUGUGUGAUGGUCAUUGGUCAAGAAUUCUAGCUUUUGUGUUGAAGGCAUAGCUCUAUGAUGUUGAAUACUGUAUUGUAUGCCCACAGUUUUAGAGAUUUGGCAUGUACUCCUAGAAAAGGUGUACAUACAUUGUAUUUACAUUUAGUGUGACUCAUUAAAAUUCACAGGGAAGGAUAUCAUGAGAUGUUAUAUGCAUAUUGUGUGUUAAAAUUUGAUAAAUGGUCUUAGGUGCUAGUGACCAAUAAUAGUUAAAUAUCUUUCAUUGCAAAGAGCUGAUUGUUUUUCAUAGCAAUGUUUUAUUCAUGAUACAUUAAAACUUAAGAACAAACAUUCACAUUCUUGAAGAAAAAGUGCUGACAUUUAUUUGUUUUUAAACCUACCUCAGUGAUUUGCGCUGUCUUUUGUAGCUUUUUUCUAGCCAUGUUGUAACCUAGUUAGUAGCACUAGUCACUCAAGAGACGAGGUGCGAAAUUCUCAAGGCAGACUUUCAAGCAAAUUAAUGUGCCUUCUUUCACAUUCAACAGUGUGUGAUUAGUAAAGGAGAAUCACAUGAUGAAAAUGCUGUACUAUUUUACUUCCAUGAGAGUGUGUUUGUGAGGAAGAAUGAUCUAUUUUCUUGUAAAUGAUGCCGUAGUGACUUGAUUUCAACGUGGUAUAUGUUAUAUCAGUGACUAACACAUGAAGAGAACAAUUGUGCCUACUGGUACUUGUCACAUAGAACUUUUAUGCACAUGUAUCACAGUUAAACCCAUCAUUCCAACUCUCGUAAGGAACUAGGAUAAAUGGCACAGCCUUUGUGAAACACAAUACCAAAGGUGAUUCUUCAAUUAAAGUGCUGAAAAUACACUUCAGAAUGUUUUAGAAAAUCUGUUGGAGGAAUUUUAUACCUAACAUACUCUUUAUGCAAACUUCUCUUCAACUUAACUUGACGAGUUCCAAGAGAUGUAGUAUUAUGAUUCUUAAACCAUCUGUCAGACAAGCAAAUUCUUAUGUAAACAUGAAAUGAAAACAAAUGGGAAAAAGAAAUAUUUCUGUAUUGGAAGUUGUUGGUCGCCCCAAGAAUUCAAAAUUUCGCUAUGUCAGUAAACAAAUGUUUGUUUAUUGGUAAUUAAUUCAUCUUGCUCACUGUUUUAUGGCUUUUUUUUCUUUUUGUAAAUGUAAUACAAUAGCAUUCUUGGGAACUCGUAUUGUUGUGUCAGAUACUUGUACACGAAUGUAUCCGAUGUCGUUUUUGUCAAAAAUAUAUUUUUCCUUGUAAAUAAUUCAAAAAUCAUGUUGACACAAAAAUACAGUUUAUGAAAAAAUGAAACAUGAAACCUAUAUAAAAAAUCACUUCUGCAUUUGUUCCAUCCAUAUAUAGCAGUUUAAGAAUGAUAUUUGUUCAUACAUCAUAUGUAAUUCAGAAAUAGGAAUUAACAAGAAAUAUUCUGCAUUUCCUUUGUAAGCUAUGUACUGUAAUGUAUCAUAGUGUAACUUACUCCAAAGUUAUAAGUUCUUAAUUGAGACUAAUGUUUACAGGAAAUGUCUGUAUAAUUGCAGGUUUAUUUGACCUUUUUUUAUUCAAUAAGCUGUCUGGUAGCAGAAUUUGUUAAGAAUCUAGUUUUAUAGAUUAUUUUUGCAUUUUCACAUUUUCACAUAUGGAAUUACUUGUUCAGUACCUUCAUCAGGGAUAAAGUGUUUAGGGGACAUUCUGUAUAUUUACAUGUUAAUUUUACUUAUUCUAACUUUACUUCAAUUUAAGAACUCUUCAAUAAAAGAAGCAGUCUGUGGUAGCAAAAACUAGUAAAAAUCUAGUUUUAGAGAUUAUUUUUGCAUUUUUAAACAUGAGAAUAUUUUAAUUUUGGAUAAAAUGAAUAAAAGAUUUCUUUAGGUCCCACAUGACUGAUCAAAGGAAAAAAAAAUGUAGAGCUGAUGUUAAUUGAGUACUAAUCUUGUGAGGAGGCGACCAUAUAUGUCUGAGAUAAGUUUUUUUCUGUACAUUUAUGAUUUCAUUCAAGUACGGGCUCCUUCCUAAAGUUUUACACAGGUAUGCUUAUGUAAAGAGGCCAGGUUGUUUGUCUCAUAGGCCUCUCUGUACAACAAUGUUUGUUAUAAUACUUUAAACGUCAAAUGUAGACGAAGGUGAGGUCACACAAAAAGUAGAAGAAAACAGACUAAUUUUAGAAUUAUAAUUGAGAAGAUUAAUUCAAAUUGUGUACAUACUUAUUACGAUUAUUAUGAUUACUGGAGCAACCUUCGACUCUGAACUAGCUCUAAGGAGCUGCCUCUCGGUCGCAUGAGAAAUCUGAAAUAGGCAAAUUUAGACCCUUGCCGUCCUUUGAGCGUUUCUCAAGGAUACAUGAAUCACAUUGUAUUGUAAAGAACCAAUGCCAUACCUAAAUUUUGCUGUGUAUCUAGUUAUGUGGUAGAAUACUUUUUUUUUUAAA